CCUGGGAGUUGACACAAUCCUCUUUUCUUGCAGCUGGAUUGCUGCUCAUGAGCCAGUCCCACCCACAGAAAAGAUGUUUUCCAUGAGGAUCUUCUGCUUGGUCCUGAGUGUGGUGGGAACAGUUUGGUCUGGAGAGACCCAAGAAGGUGAAUUUCUAGCUGAAGGAGGAGGUGUGCGUGGCCCCAGACUUGGGGAAAGACAGCAAUCUGCCUGCAGAGAGAGAGACUGGCCCUUCUGCUCUGAUGACGACUGGAACCAAAAAUGCCCUUCUGGCUGCAGGAUGAAAGGGUUGAUCGAUGAAGUCAAUCAAGAUUUUACAAACAGAAUAAAUAAGCUCAAAAAUUCACUAUUUGAAUAUCAGAAGAACAAUAAGGACUCUAAUUCAGUGACCAGAAAUAUAAUGGAAAUUUUGAGAGGGGAUUUUGCCAGCGGUAAUCACAAUGAUAAUAUAUAUAGCCAAGUGUCAGAAGAUCUGAGAAACAGAAUUGAGGUCUUGAAGCGCAAAGUCACAGAACAAGUACAGCAUAUCCAGCUUCUGCAGAAAAAUGUCAGGAAUCAGCUGGUAGAUAUGAAACGACUGGAGGUGGACAUUGAUAUUAAGAUCCGAUCUUGCAAAGGGUCAUGCAGUAGGGCUAUAUCACGUGAGAUAGAGCUAGUGGACUAUGAAGAUCAGCAGAAGCAACUUGAACAGGUCAUUGCCAAAGAUUUACUUCCCUCUAGAGAAAAGCAGUACUUACCAGUGUUAAAAAUGAACCCCACUUCGGCGUUUGUUCCCGGAGAGUUCAAGAGUCAGCUUCAGAAGUCCUCUCCAGAGUGGAAAACACUAACGGAAUUGCGGCAGACCAAAAUGGUGUUAGAGAAGUCUGGUCCUGCUGGAGAUGUUCGAGGAGACUCUGCAUCUCACGGAACAGGAUCAGCACCUGAAAACCCCAGGAACCCCGGACCUGGUAGUACUGGAAAUCGGAAGCCUGGGAGCUCUAGACCUGGUGGUGGUGGGCCUGGAAGUUUUAGGCCAGAGAGCUCAGGGCAUGGAAACACCAGGCCUACCAACCCAGACUGGGGCACAUUUGAAGAGGUUUCAGGAAGCACAAGUCUAGGGACAAAAAAAGAGUACCCAACAGGUAAACUGGUAUCUUCUGAGGGAAGUAAAGAACUUCUGAUUGCUGAUGAGAAGGUCAUCUCUGGUAGACCAACAUCCAGUCGUCAUUCAUGUUCUAAAACCAUUACUAAGAUUAUUGUAGGUGCUGAUGGUCGCGAACAAGUGACCAAAGAAGUGGUAACUUCUGAAGAUGGUUCUGACUGUGGUGGCAUACCUGAUUUAGACUCGUUCCAUACUUUGUCCGGCAAGGGUAGCCUAGAUGAUUUCCGUCGUAGGCACCCUGAUGAUGCUGCUUUCUUUGGCCUUGACUCAACUGGAAAAGCAUUCUCUGAGUUCAGGGAGUCUGACCGUAGGACCCAGUCUAUGGGCUCAGCAUCUGACAGGAACACAGACUUAAGGGACAUCAGCUCUCACCACUAUGGUGUACCUGAGCUCCCUCCCAGUGGUAAAACUUCAAGGCACAGCAAAAUUGUAACCAGUAGCAUGACUUCCAGCAAAGGAGACUCCACAUAUGAAAGCAAGAUCUAUAGAAUGGGAGAGGAGGCUGGAAGUGAAGCACAUCUUGACAUCAGAGAAGCGCAAACCACCAAGAAAAGUCGUGCUAAAGCUCGCCCUGCCAGAGACUGUGAUGAUGUCCUCCAAACACAUCCUUCAGGUGCCCAAAGUGGCAUAUUCAAUAUCAAGCUACCGGGAUCCAGUAAGAUUUUUUCUGUUUAUUGCGAUCAAGAGACCGGUUUGGGAGGAUGGCUUUUGAUCCAGCAAAGAAUGAAUGGAUCACUGAAUUUUAACCGGACGUGGCAAGACUACAAGAGAGGUUUCGGCAGCCUGGAUGACAAGGGGGAAGGAGAAUUCUGGCUAGGCAACGAGUACAUCCACUUACUAACCCUGAGGGGCUCUGUCCUUCGGAUUGAAUUAGAGGACUGCGCUGGGAACCAGGUUUACGCAGAAUAUCGCUUGAGGGUAGGCUCAGAGGCAGAAGGCUAUGCCCUGCACGUUUCCUCCUAUGAGGGCACUGCGGGUGAUGCUCUGAUACAGGGUUCUGUAGAGGAGGGGACAGAGUACACUUCUCACGCUGGCAUGCAGUUCAGCACCUUUGACAGGGAUGCAGACCAGUGGGAAGAGAACUGUGCGGAAGUCUAUGGAGGAGGCUGGUGGUACAACAACUGCCAAGCGGCCAACCUCAAUGGCAUCUAUUACCCUGGGGGCUUCUAUGACCCAAGGAAUAACAGUCCUUAUGAGAUUGAAAAUGGAGUGAUCUGGGGCCCCUUCAGAGGAGCAGAUUAUUCCCUCAGGGCUGUUCGCAUGAAAAUCAGGCCCUUUGUGACCCAGUAGGCUGAAAGAGUGGAAGUGAGAGCAUUUGGGUUUUUGUUUGUUUGUCUAGUGAAGUGAAGGAAAAACAAGGAAGACAAAAAAAUUACCGAAAAAAUUACCAGGUGCUAUUUUAUUAUUCUUUGUACUGUAGUUAAAUGUAACUGAGAUAUAUUAGUGCUUUAAAAAAUAAAGUUAUAUGGGUGGUUUUUGUAAUCUUUAAAAUAGCUCUGUGAGUUUUAAAAUUCCUAUAAAGAUACACCAAGGGACAUUCAGUACACCAGGACGAGAGAGGCAGAUAAAAGCUCCUCUCUGCAGUUCUUAAGGGUGUUGUUUUCAGAACUUCCCUUCCCACACCAUUCAAAGUCAUAGGGCAUUGUAAAGUAAAUAAGUUAUUUUAUCCAUUCUAUUUGAAUGAUUUUAAACCAAUAUUUAAGUUGCAAAGCACUAAGAUGAACAAUGGCUGGCUUUUGUAGAUGAAUUUACGAACUAUUUUUAUCUCUUGGCAAGCAAAUUCAGAAAGGCAGGGGAAGCAUGUUUUUUUCUUAAUAGAAAUAGAAACCUAUUCCUAAGUCUUCCAAUGAAGACCACAAUGCACACUUAAUUUUCCCCCCAGAGUCUAACCAAUUUCUUUCAAAAAUACCUGGAAAAAAAUGAAUUUAAAAUUUUUUCAAUAUUUACAAGUAUUCCCCAAACAGAUGGCAUUUACACAUUGAUAAAUAAUCCCCACAGCAAUCAUUGCACUUCAUUUUGUAUCAAUCAUAAAGUAUAGUCUGUGAUACAUUAGUUGUUAUUAAAGACGUUUGUUUGAAAGCAUCUCACUAAAUAUGAUCUAUACUACAUGCAUACAUUUAACACAUUUACAUUGGUCAGUAUUUUAUUUUGAUCUAAGUUGCAUCUUUGAUUUUUGUGACCUUGUCUCCUGCUUCCAGGUUUUAACUUACAUUCUCUUCUGGUGAGAACAACUUGCCAUUUACCCUUGAAAACGUAUUGAAACAUCCCAAGCACAUUGGGAUCCCAGUACAUUGCCUUCUCUUGCAUAGUUUCUAUUCCAAUGUAACUGGAUCUUUUCUCCUCGGAAGGAUAGAAAGAAGAGAGGGAGGGAGGAAAAGAGGAAGGGGGCUAGGACUAAGUACCAGAACCCAAGGAGCAGAGGGAAGGUGAGCAUAAGAGCUUGCCAGUGAGUCACACGUGAAGCCCCAGUAUUCUUGCAUUUCCUCACGUGCAGUUAAAAAUUCUGGGUACAAAUAAGUGAUAUACCUUCAACUCUUUGGAUACUUGGAUAGGAACUUCUUCAGAAUUAAAAGAAGUUUCAUUUAUUUUAGA